ACUUUGAGAGGCCUUCAGCAAAGGCUUCUCUCUUGAUGCCACCGCUGCAAUGAAGUUAACACCACUUUUUCUAUACUAAGACAAGAAAACAAGAAUUCAGUGGCAUGAAUUUUCUUUGUUUAACUUUACUUCUUCACUUCACAAUUGGGGGUUUCAAUCUUUUACUCUUUGGGAGUUUUCAGUUGUUCAGAAGUGGAAAGGAGGCAUCUUUAGAAUGUAACUGGUGUUGGGGUUCUUGAAUUUGCAUAGAGAUACAGGUAUGGAGACUCCAUUGGUUAAUCUUGGGUCGAAAAAGCUAAUAAAGAAGCAUGAAUUUGUUAGGGUCAUCAUUCAAUGUCUUUAUUCUUUAGGCUACAGAAAGUCUGCUGUGUGUUUGGAAUCAGAAUCUGGGAUUAGCUAUAAAUCUAAUGAAUUUGAGACCCUUGAGUCUUAUAUUCGUGAUGCUAAUUGGGAUGCAUGUAUUGAAACCCUUAAUAGACUUAAUGGCUUGUCAAAUGAAACGAGAGCUUCAGCUUUGUUUCUUGUUCUUAAACAGUGGUUUUUAGAGUAUUUGAAUCUUGGGGAAGAUUCUUUAGCUUUGGAGAUCUUACAGAAAAAAAUGUCUGGUUUGGAAGUGGGGAGGGAUAAGGUUCAUAGGCUUGCUUUUGGAUUGCUCUCUUUGAAAGAGUUGGGGUUGGACAAGGAAGAUCCUAAUGGUAUCUAUGAAUUCCGAAAAGAAUUGCUGACUGAACUCGAAAAAGUACUGCCACCACCUAUUACAGUGCCAGAACGGAGGUUAGAUUACUUGGUUGAAAUGGCAGUAUGGUCACAACUAGAGAAAUGUGUAUUUCAUAAUUCAGUUGAUGCAAUUACGCUCUACGAAGAUCACCAUUGUGACUCCAGUCAGUUUCCUUCAAAGACCAUUCAGAUCCUGUCUAACCACGUAAAUGAAGUCUGGUAUGUCCAGUUCUCAAACAAUGGAAGCUACCUGGCCUCAUCAUCAAGUGACAACACAGCCAUCAUUUGGAAGGUGCUGGAUGAUGGGAAAUUGACCCAGAGACAUGUGCUGUGUAGCCAUCAAAAGCCGGUUUCUUUUGUAGCUUGGAGUCCUGAUGAUACAAUGUUGCUAACCUGUGGGAACACAGAAGUGCUUAAGCUUUGGGACGUGGAAACAGGUACAUGCAAGCACACAUAUGGCGAUGCUGAUUUCAUCAUCAGCUCAUGUGCUUGGUUUCCUGAUUCUAAGCGAUUCGUCUGUGGCAGUGCGGACGCUGAAAAAGGCAUAUACAUGUGGGACUCUGAGGGUAAUGAGAUCAAGUCAUGGAAAGGGACGCGGAUGCCAAAGGUUCUAGAUCUUGCUAUUACACCUGAUGGAGAAAAACUUAUCAGUAUAUUUUCUGACAAAGAUAUCCGAAUAUUGAAUGUGGGGACAGGUGGUGAACAUGUGAUUUCAGAGGAGUAUCCAAUCACAUCCCUUUCACUAUCAGGGGAUGGUAAAUUCUUCAUAGUAAACCUUAAUAGUCAAGAGAUUCAUAUGUGGGAUAUUGCAGGCGAGUGGCUUAGCCCCAUGAAGUUUGAAGGUCACAGACAACAUAAGUAUGUGAUACGCUCCUGUUUUGGAGGAUUGGACAGCACUUUUAUUGCCAGUGGUAGUGAAGAUUCAAAGGUGUACAUAUGGAAUCGCCGAGGUUCAAAGCCUAUUGAGAUCUUGUGUGGCCAUUCAAUGACUGUGAACUCUGUGAGCUGGAAUCCUAAAAGGCCUCAAAUGCUAGCUUCAGCAAGUGAUGAUCAAACUAUCCGCAUAUGGGGGCCUGAUGUUCGAAGUAAAUAGUAACGAGCUAGUAUAUGGAAAAUGGAUUUUUCUCAAUUGCUAGUUCCAUUUGCCAUGUAAAUCUGUUUCUUUUCUACAAAUUUUGGCAUGUCUAUUACCCCCAUGUAAAUUGGCAUAGCUAGAAAAAUAAUUUUGGCUCCUCGUGUAUGUACAACGCCAACGUAGUGGAGUGUAAGUAAAAACUCUUUCCCUAAAGUUUGAUUGAAAUUAGUAAAAGAAAGUAAAACUUUCUUAUAUCAAA